UGGCGACAAGUUUCAGAUUUCUGUUGUUUUGUCUUUCAAUGCUUUCCGUUGCUUCCUGGGCUGUAUCUACACAGCAGUCCAGGCUUUUGAUGGAUGAUUUCGUGGGUGAGUAUGGUGAUUUGGCUAAAAAUUACACUCAUGUUUGCGAUGAAUCAAGAUAUGCUUUGCUGGGUCUUGAUAUGAAGAGCUUUGCCUUCUGUGAUAAAUCACUUUCGUACGAGGAGAGGGCAAAGGAUUUGGUGAGUCGAAUGACUCUACAAGAAAAGGUGAUGCAGUCUGUGCAUACAGCUUCUGGGGUCAGAAGACUAGGAUUGCCGGAGUAUUCCUGGUGGUCGGAGGCCCUGCACGGUAUCUCGAACCUCGGCCCCGGCGUCUUCUUCGACGAGACUAUUCCUGGAGCAACGAGCUUUCCCACUGUUAUACUCUCAACUGCAGCCUUCAAUCAAACACUGUGGAAGACUCUUGGACGGGUUAUUUCGACGGAAGGUAGAGCCAUGUACAAUUUGGGGCAUGCGGGGUUGACGUUUUGGAGUCCAAACAUCAAUGUAGUACGUGAUACAAGAUGGGGAAGGACCCAAGAGACAUCCGGUGAAGAUCCUUUCGUUGUUGGUGAGUUUGCAGUUAACUUCGUUAGAGGCCUGCAGGAUGUUGAGGGGACAGAGAACGUUACGGAUUUGAACUCUAGGCCUCUCAAGGUCUCCUCAUGCUGCAAGCAUUAUGCUGCUUAUGAUAUUGAUUCAUGGCUUACCGUCGAUCGACACACUUUCGAUGCAAGGGUUUCUGAGCAAGAUAUGAAGGAGACUUUUGUCUCUCCAUUUGAGAGGUGCGUCAGAGAGGGUGAUGUAAGCAGUGUUAUGUGCUCCUUCAAUAAAAUCAAUGGAAUCCCUCCUUGUUCUGAUCCAAGACUCUUGAAAGGAGUGAUAAGAGACGAAUGGGAUCUUCACGGAUACAUAGUAUCUGAUUGUUAUGGUCUUGAGGUGAUUGUGGACAAUCAAAACUACCUUAAUGACUCAAAGGUGGAUGCUGUUGCAAAAACCCUACAAGCAGGGUUGGAUUUGGAAUGUGGCCAUUACUAUACUGAUGCCCUUAACGAAUCAGUCCUGACUGGGAAAGUGAGUCAGUAUGAACUAGACCGGGCGUUGAAGAAUAUUUAUGUUCUGCUUAUGAGGGUUGGAUACUUUGAUGGUAUCCCGGCGUAUGAGUCGCUUGGACUGAAGGAUAUCUGUGCUGCCGAUCACAUUGAGUUGGCAAGGGAAGCCGCAAGACAAGGGAUCGUUCUUCUGAAGAAUGAUUAUGAAGUUUUGCCAUUAAAACCUGGAAAAAAGAUAGCAUUGGUUGGGCCCCAUGCCAAUGCUACUGAAGUUAUGAUUGGAAACUAUGCAGGGCUGCCCUGCAAGUAUGUAUCUCCUCUUGAAGCCUUUUCUGCCAUUGGAAACGUCAAGUAUGCGAUGGGCUGUUUGGAUGCUUCAUGCAGUAACGAUACCUAUUUCUCUGAAGCAAAAGAAGCUGCAAAAUAUGCAGAAGUUACCAUCAUUUUCGUAGGGACUGAUUUAUCGAUCGAGGCUGAGUUCGUAGAUAGAGUUGAUUUCCUACUCCCAGGCAACCAAACUGAGCUGAUCAAACAAGUUGCUGAAGUCUCCAGUGGUCCUGUGAUUCUUGUAGUCCUCAGUGGUAGCAAUAUUGACAUCACUUUUGCUAAAACUAAUCCCAGAAUCUCAGCCAUCCUCUGGGUUGGUUUUCCUGGGGAGCAAGGCGGACACGCCAUUGCAGAUGUUGUUUUUGGGAAGUAUAAUCCUGGAGGAAGACUACCAGUGACAUGGUAUGAAGCUGAUUAUGUUGAUAUGCUGCCGAUGUCCUCCAUGUCACUAAGGCCAGUUGAUGAACUAGGCUACCCAGGGAGGACAUACAAAUUCUUCGAUGGCUCCACAGUCUACCCCUUUGGCUAUGGCAUGAGCUACACCAAGUUCUCCUACUCAUUAGCCACCUCGAAAAUAUCCAUCGACAUCGACUUGAACAAGUUCCAGAAAUGCCGCACAGUGGCUUACACAGAAGAUCAAAAGGUACCAUCAUGCCCAGCAGUUCUACUGGACGACAUGAGUUGUGAUGACACCAUUGAGUUUGAGGUUGCAGUAACCAAUGUGGGGAAGGUGGACGGAAGUGAGGUGCUCAUGGUUUACUCAAUCCCUCCAUCUGGAAUUGUUGGAACUCAUAUUAAGCAAGUGAUUGGAUUCCAGAAAGUUUUUGUAGCUGCAGGAGAUACUGAGAGGGUGAAGUUUUCCAUGAAUGCUUGCAAGAGCUUGAGGAUUGUUGAUAACACUGGUUAUUCACUCUUGCCAUCUGGGUCUCACACCAUCAGGGUUGGGGAUUAUUCAAAUUCAGCUUCAUACUCUCUCCAAGUGAAUUACAAUUAUAAUUAG